AUGCCAAGGAGUUGUUGUGUUGUAGGUUGCACAAACAAUUGUAAAAAAAACAAUGAACUUAAAUUUUAUCGUAUUCCUAAAAAUGAAGCGGUCAGAAGAAAAUGGUUAAAUGCAAUUAAUCGUGCUGCAGAUAGCACUUCGUCAAAACAGUGGUCUCCUACGUCUUCAAAUGUUUAUGUUUGUUCAGCACACUUUAUUACUGGUAAAAGAGAGCUCUUUGAGAAACAUCCAGAUUCAGUUCCAUCAAUUUUUGAUACUGGAAUGAAAGGUUCUCCUCAAAGAAAUACCAACAAUAACAAAAUUAACCGAGUCAAAAUAAGUGUUCCUGCAUGCAAAAAAUUAAAACUAUGUGCUCAAUCAAUUAGUGAGGAUGUUGAUUUUGUCAUUGAAAAAAGGAGUUUUAGUAACGAAGAAAUCAAUAUCCAAGUUAGUACUGAAAAUUAUUUGCAGCAAUCUGAUAUCAGUAAUCCUAUAUGCUCCAAAAAUUUUUUAGAACAAUCUUCCAGUCAUGAAUUUAGUGUUCCUAUAAUUAAUGAAGAUGUUUAUGUUCAAGAUUCCAGUAAGAGUUAUAUACAAGGAAAGAGUGCUCCUGUAAACAUCAAUGUUCAGCAAAGUUCAACCAAUAGUUCUUUAAAGUCAGAAAUGAGUUAUACUGAAAAAUCUGAAAUUGAUAUUGAAACACCUCUUAAAACAUCAGAAAGACAACAACUAUAUAGUGAAAUAAAUAAUCUUCGAUUAGAAAGAGAUUUAUUUAUGUCGAAGUGGAUAUCAUUAAAAGAUAGCAAUUGCAGUUUAGGAAUAAAUAAAAUUCGAGCCAAUCCUGAUAAGUGCAAUAUGCUCACUGGACUUAAUCUUCCUGUAUUAGAAAAACUGUUGAGUUUCCUAUGCAAAGGAACUCCAGAAAUUUCAUUAAAAAGAUUUAAUACAGAAGAUAAAAUUGUUUUCUGUUUAGUUAAAUUAAGGCACAACAUUAACUUUGAUAUGUUAUCAUUUAUGUUUGAUAUUAAAAAAACUACUGCCUUGGAUAACUUUUGGAAAUGGAUUGAUAUUAUGUAUGUGAAAUUAAAAUAUUUAAUAAAAAUGCAAGAUCGAGAUCAUAUAUACGAAACAAUUCCUCCUGUUUUCAAAAACAAAUUCCCAAGACUAACAUCAAUUAUUGAUUGUUUUGAGGUUUUUGUGGAAUCACCAUCAUCUCUAAUGGCAAGAGCACUAUUUUACAGCCAAUAUAAAAAACAUUGUACAAUAAAAUGUCUCAUUUCAUGCACACCUAAUGGAACGAUUAACUUUAUUUCCAAAUGCUAUGGUGGAAGAGCUUCUGACAAUCAAAUAACUCGGGAAUCAGAAUUUGCAUCUAGCAAGUACCAUAUGCCAGGCGAUCAAAUCUUAUCAGAUAGAGGUUUUACUUUACAAGACGAUUUUGCAGCUAAAAGUUGCUCUAUAUUAAUAAAUCCAGCUUUUACAAAGGAUAAAGCACAACUUUCUGCUUCGGAGGUAGAAAAAUCUCGCAAAAUAUCAUCUGUUAGAAUUCACAUAGAAAGAGUUAUUGGGCUGUUGAAAAAUCGUUACACCAUUCUUCAAGGUGUAUUGCCUUUACGAACUGUUAAAAACAUUACUGAUGAAGCUACCUCAGUUACUCUUUCUAAUUGUGACAAAAUUGUAACAGUUUGUGCUGCUUUAACAAACCUUGGUGAAGGAAUCGUUUAA